AUAGUCAACCAUCACUAACAGCGGCGGCAUUCUUUUGCAGGAAUUUCGCAUAUUUUGCAAUAAAAAGUGGCCAAUCCUAAUAAAAGCCACUAAAUUAUUCCCCAGCAUUAGUUUCGUAGCGCUGCAGGAUCGAAAACGCAGCGUUGUUGGAGCUGCCAGUGGCCUCCAGGAGAACUUAACGGUUUUGGGGCAGCAGCAGGAAAUAAAUCACCAUGUACAACGGCAUUGGACUGACCACGCCCCGUGGCUCUGGCACAAACGGACACGUGCAGCGGAACUGGGCAUGUGUGCGGCCGGGAAAGAAGGACAAGGACUAUCGUGCCGAGGACGAUACUAAGAAGCUGGACGCCCAGUUGAACAGGCCGCCAAACAAGGAGAUCCUGGACCACGACCGCAAGCGAAAGAUCGAAGUCAAGUGCCUGGAGUUCGAGGAGAUUCUUGAGAAUCAGGGACGUACACCGGAGGAAAUCAAGACGCAAGUGGACUCUUUCCGCCAGAAGUUGAUGGGACAAGGCAAAACAGAUCUGGCCAAGGAUGAAUUCGGACGUAUAGCUAACACCACAACUUCAACGGCAACAGCGGCAGUGGGAACCUCAGCGGCUUCUUCGGUGGCCACCGCAUCCACAACGACAACUACGAUGGCAGCCACCACAGUGCAGGUGGUGAAAACAAAGAAACGCCGCAAGCGACGCAAACGCGCAGGUCACGCAAUCACCACCGCCACCGAAAAAAGCACCACCAUCGCCAACACCACCAACUCCAGCAACAUCCAGACCAGCCCCCGUCUUCAUGCCGGGGAGAGCCUGUCCACCUCCGGUCCAGCUGGCAUACACGCAAACGGGGGCAGAAAAAGUAAGGCUCCAUAUUUCCAGCACGACAACCGGGAGUACCUGGCCAAGUACGAGAGCUUCCGUUUAACCGCCCACACGUGGAACUAUGCGGCGGUAGCCAGAAAGUUUAAGCCCUUGCGGCCGGCGUUGGCAAGCGGCGCCAACAAGACCAGGCGACCAGCAGUUCCCAAGAAGUCGCACCCGGAUUGCGCCUGCGCCUGCCAACAGAAAGAACCGGAGCCGGCCCAUCAGCAGGGUCACCGAACAGCUGAGCACUCCAUCCCGAAGGAUGUGCCUUCGCCACAUGCGAAAAUCAAUAUCGAUGGAAGCGUGUUGCUUGAGCUGCUGAAAUACUCCUCAAGCAGCCUUCUGGAGACACUGCUGGGAGCCGGCAGUGGGGUGGCAAAAAGCGCUCGCGACACUCACCAAAUAGCCGAGGCUCAGCAGCAGAAGAACGCCAAACUGCGUGAGGCCUUCAACAUAUCCGAGUACUUCGUGGAGGGCAGCAGCUUCGACACCGAUCGCAAGGCGAAGGAGGACCUGGCCAAAAGCGUGGCUCUCCAAAAGGAACUGGACGCCCAGCGCGAAAGCCUGGCAGCGGCGGCAGCUGCCGCAGCAGCAGGCAAGGACAAGGAGACCGGGAAGCGGUAUGCCCUAGUGCGCACUCCCUCCCGCGAAAGGGAACGAGAACGGGAUGGAAACGAUGUGGCGGCCACCAGCGGGGAUGAGCGCGAACAUGUCUCAAAGUCGGACAAGAAAAAGCGCAAGAAGCGCGCCAGGGAGAGUUCAGCCAGUCCUGAGCGCAAGAAGGACAAGAAGAAAAAGUCGAAGAAGCAUAAGAAAGAGAGUAAGUCGAAGAAGAAAAAGUCACGCAAGCGCAAGCACAGCGAGAGUGGCCAGGAUAGCGACAAGGACAGCGAUGACGAGGACGAUAGCAGCGAGGAGGAUCGUCGCGAGUCGAAGAGUGCCCGAAAGAAGGCCAAAAAGGACAAGAAAAAGCGCGACAAGAAGCUGAAAAAGAAGUCACGAGCCCGUGCCAGCUCCUCGGAUUCAGAGCGCUCAAACUCUCCCCUCUCCAAGGAGAAUAAGUCGGACAAGAGUCGUGGAAUAAAAGCUUCCAAAGCUGAUGAGAAGACUACGCAGCAGGACGAUGCCAACCGCAGCCGAUCUCGUGAGCGUCGUAAGGUGUCGAAAGUCCGACCGCAUGAGUCCUCAUUAGACAGUAGACAUCACAAGCCGAGGGAAAAGUCGGCGGUCACUCCGCCGCGUAAGGAACCGGAAAGACAGCGUGAACACUCAAGGGACACGCAGAGAUCCAAGGAAAGGCAGCGGUCAAGGGAAAGGCUGCGUUCUAGGGAAAGACAACGUUCCAAGUCCAAGGAGGGGCGAUCCAAGGAUAGGCAACGAUCUAAGGAGAGACAGCGAUCUAAAGAAAGACAACGACCCAAGGAAAGACAGCGUUCCAAGUCCAAGGAUAGACGCCGAUCAAAGGAAAGACAGCGAUCGAAGGAACGAAGGCGUUCUAAUGACAGACCACAGUCGAAGUCCAGGGAUCGACAAAGAUCAAAGGAAAGACACAGGUCCAAGGAUAAGAAACAGUCGGGAAAAAGACGCGAUAGGUCCAAAGACCGAUCAAAGGAAAACCAGCGAACAAACGACAGGCCGCAAUCAAAGGAAAGGUCCAAGGAGAGACAUAGAUCCAAGGAAAGACAUCGCUCCACAGAGACGCAACGAUUUAAGGAGAGGCAACGAUCAAAGGAGAGGCUGCGAUCCAAGGAGAGGCAACGAUCCAAGGAAAGGCAACGAUCCAAGGAGAGGCAACGAUCCAAGGAAAGGCAGCGAUCCAAGGAGAGGCUACGAUCCAAGGAAAGGCAACGAUCCAAGGAAAGGCAGCGAUCUAAGGAACGUCAGCAUUCCAGGGAACGUCCAGCCAAAGAAUCUCGAGUCCCAAACUCGCCUAAUGUGCGCAGUCCCAAGAAGAAAGACGAUCGCCGUCAACGAUCACCUUCCAAUGCGAGCAGAAAGCGAACCGAUGACAAUAAGCUAAGUCGCAAUUCGCCAUCCCGGUCACCAGCCCAUUCCCCAGAGGUGGCGCCGAAAAAAACGGCACCCACGCCAGCCUUUAACCCCUUUAAGGCGGCCGAGGACACCGUGAACGAUAUCCUGGGCACAAAGUCGGUUAUGGUGGCCCUGGAACAGACAAAGCGCCAGAGAACUGCUUCCAGUUCUAGUUCGGACUCGGACAGCACCAGUAGUGACUCGUCUGCCUCCCGGACGCCAUCGCCGAAACCCACUCCGAAAAAGCAAAAGAAGAGGAGUAGGACACCGGAACAAAAAGAGGUAAAGAGGGAGGUCAGUCCCAAGAAAGAACGUCGAAGGAGCGUAAAACGGGAGCGUUCAGCCUCCCCGCAAAUAUCGAAGCCAAAGAGCAAGGUGGUCGAACCGAGUCCUAAACCGGCGCGGCGUCGCUCUCGCUCGACUUCGUCGGAGCUGCGCUACUCGCCUGCUGAACGACAUCCGGAGCGCUACCAAGACAAGAAGUUACCCUCCAAGGCUAAGGAAGCCCCCUCCGCGAAGCCCGCUCCUGUGGUUCGUUUGAGGGCACAAAGCGACGAUGGGAGCGACGCCGAAACGGGAGUCGAUGGUGCCGCUUUGGAGGAAUUCCAGCAGAGCAGGCGUGAGCGCGAGGAGCAGCAGGAGCUGCGAAUGCUGGAGCAGCUCAAGUCUGGCAUUGCGGCCAAGGCCAAGCAGAAGAUCAGGAUUAUGGAGAAAGACCCGGCAGCUAAGGAGGGCAGCGAAGUAAGUGGCAGCGACCUGGUGACGACUACAAAACGUAACUCGCUAAGCGAAUUCCUCGUUGCUAACAAUGUGACCGCUUUGAUUAACCCACUGACAACGACCACGCCCCCGCCGCCCCUGGCGGUUAUCCUGCCGGUGGAGCAGCGCAAGGAGCCGGGUCAGCUGCCGGACACGGAUCGCGAGCUGCCCGUGACUGUGGAGGAGACGCUCAAGAAAAGGGACGCAGGCACUCCGCCCAUUUGCAAGACGCCCCACGUGGCGGCGAAUGGGGAGGCCAAGAGUCCGACAGUGGGCCAAAAAAUCCAUCUGCACCACCGGCCGCCUCCACAGCACCUCCACCAGCACCAGUCGCAGCAGCAGCAUUUGCAGCAUCCGCCGGGGAAGCGCAUCUUCCACAACCGAACGCUGAACAAUAACCCUAACAGUAGACAUAGUACUAACAAUCCUCAUGCAUGUGGUGGUGGUGGCGGGCUCCCCCAUUCGAAUCCCAACAGUAGUAAUAGCAGCGGGAACAACGGCGGCAGCAACCCGGCCAUGCUGCCCUUCCUGGCGGGCACGCCGGGCACCUACAACCGCACGACGAACCGGCUCAAUCACGGCCCCCUGCUCACCGCGACGCACUACAACAUCUGCAAGAACCACCAGCACAGCUUGCAGCAGCAGCAGGCGCACCACCUGGCCCGUGGCCUGGUCUACAACUCAUCGCUUUUCGGCGGACCGAGGCAUCCAGGAUUGCUAUCACUUGCGGGAGCGGGUGUGGGCGUCGGUGGGCAGGGUGCUCCGCUGCUUGGCCAUCCGCCGCACAUCCGGGGUGGCGGUGGUGGUCCCAUUAGCUUCAACGCGGCUGCAGCAGCCGCUGCCGUGGCCGCCAAUAGUAUUAGCUACCAUCAUCAUCACCAUCAGCACCAACAGAAACCGAAAAUCGUUAUAAAACCCUUCAAAAUUCACGAUCCACAGCCCCUGGUCGCAGCGCUCGCGGACAGCUCGCUGGUCGACGCCAUCGUCUCCAAGGUUUCCACGGCCACCGUGGCGGCGGCAGCAGCGGCGGAGAGUGCGGCGCGCAGAAGCCGAAGUCGUGAGCGUCGCAGCCGGAGUCGCAGUAAGAGGCGCACCAGCGGGAGCCACCAUCGACAUCACUCCAGCAGCCGCUCAAGAUCGCGCUACAGCUCAUCCAGCAGUCGAAGCGGAUCGCGCAGCUCCAGGUCCCGCUCCGGGUCGCACUCUUCCCGCUCCAGCUGCUCCUCGCACAGUAGUUCGGGCAGUUCCUCCUCCGGCAGCGGCUCCGGAUCAUCGCAGUCCGGCUCUCGGUCCCCAUCCAUACCCAGGCGUCGCGGUUCGCCAAGCUUUCUAGACAGACGUCGCAUAACGAGUGCCCGUAAGCGACCGAUUCCGUAUCACCACAAAGCCGCUGGGGAGGGCGAGGCGGAGGAGGCCUCCAGUUGCUGCUCCAGUUGCUUCAGCCGCGCCAGCAGUCCGGCCACACCCCUUCUCACACCUCUGCGCAACAGCCGGAGUCCUUCGAUGGCCGCCUUCUGAGUGUUAACCGCGUCGCUGCGCAAGAUGUGCGGCGAGUCCUGAGGAAGGAAUAAGGAUAACGAUAGCGAUACCCCUCGACCACACUCAUCCUAGUCACCUCGAAAAAUAGUCAGACUUGUAGUCCCUAAGAAAUGUAGUUGUUAUGCGCAUUUAACUCGUUUUACACUUGCAUUCCGUAGUUUUAAGUUAGUCAUCUGCCCAUGAAUUUACUAGCGAAAUUAUAUUCUUGCCCCUUAUUAAGCCAAUAAUACUCGUUUGUAAGCCUUUGCUCGAUUAUUUGCUAGUUUUAAGCUGCGUUUAAUAUAAAAAAAUUAUUUGUUGCCUCUCGAA